CCACUGAGCGAUAUGAGAGGACUACACUGGGGAAUAUCUGCCCUGGGAAAACAAUGUUUUCAGCCCAUUAAGUUGGAUAAACAAAUGGCUUACUGUAGGUGCUGAAAGGCGUGGACACCAGCAGGAAAACAGUGGAAAAUCAAUAACUCCAGAAGGGCGGUGGAGCAGCAUUAAUGGGAUGCCAUGAUAUUUACUUGAAGACGCCAACUGCCUACCUCAGUGAAACCCUUUGUCUGGCACUAAAUUGAUGAGGAGGACCAUUGGUGUUUCAGAGACUGGUAGAGAUGGGUAAUGCCAUGCGGGGCGUAGUUGCGUUCAUUCCCUCAGAGCGCUGUCAACGCUUCCUGGUGGGGGACCUGAAGGAGAUGCCACUUGAUCGGACCCUGGACCUCAGCAGCCGGCAGUUGCGUCGGCUACCUGUUGCUGCCUGUGUUUUCGGUGAGCUGGUAAAGCUCUACCUGAGUGACAACAACCUCAGCAGUUUACCAGCUGAUCUGCAGGGCCUGAAGAAGCUGCAGCUCCUUGCCCUCGACUUCAACUGCUUUGAAGAGCUCCCUGCAGCUGUUUGCAGACUGCCUCAGCUGAGCAUCCUUUACCUGGGCAACAACAGGCUCUACAGUCUCCCCAGAGAACUAAGAGAGCUCAAGGAGCUUAAUACUCUGUGGCUGGAGACUAAUUGCUUCACUGUUUUCCCUCAGGUGAUUUGUGAGCUCCCUAAUCUCAAGACCCUGCACCUUGGUUAUAACCAGAUACAGAGUUUACCAAGAGAGCUUGGAGUGCUGGAAGAGCUGAGAAGUAUCUGGAUUGCUGGGAACCAGCUGGCAGCGUUCCCACCAGUGUUGCUGGAAAUGCACUUUCUAGCCGUCAUUGAUGUUGAUCGGAACCAAAUACGCUACUUCCCCUGCCUGUCUCACAUGCUGGGGUUGAAACUUGUCAUCUAUGACCACAACCCCUGUGUUAACGCCCCGGUGGUGGGCGAGGGAUGCAGGAGAGUCGGGCGCUGGGCAGACAGCUCAGAUGAUGAGCAGGAAGAUGAUGGGUCAAAAGCAGCGGGUGACACUACAGUAGAGGUCACAGAGGUACACCCUGAGGAGGAGCACAACAUUUAGGGUCAAGGAACAAAGUGACCUGAAGCUGUGACGAGGCGUGGGUGACAUUCAAGUGGAACACUUGACGCUGAGUGGUGUGUUGUACACAAGGCUGAUGGCAUGUGGUCUAUAUAUGGUAAAGGAAAGUUGUUGUAAAAACCAUGUGAGUCAAAGGGGACGUUUGAUAAUGAUUCUAUAAAAUGUUGGGGCCUUAUUUGAAUUAGUAAAACUCUGUAAAUGGAUUCAAUGAAAGCUUCAGUGACAUUGGAAAUGUAAUUCCCACCAACAUCAGAUGUUCUGUAAUUCAAACAUUUUAAACAUCUUUAUCUUAUGGUAUUAAACAUAUAUCUUGUGAUCUUUCCAAGUUUUGUACGAUGAAUCCAUCAGAACUGGCAUUUGUACAGUAUGUCGACUUGAUAAACUGUGUGAGUGCAAAAGACUUCUGUUAAAUUGACAGCGCAGUUGGGCGGUAUGGCAGAGAUGGAGGAAAUAGAAAGGAUUCAUUACACUCAUGUUGUUGAAGCUGAGUAUGAGAUGAUAUCUGUACCUACUGAGGCCAAAUACAGUGAGGUUUUUAAUACAAGUGAUGGAUGG